AUGCCGGCGCAAUCGUGCUCGCUCGCGGCGACGAGCGCACCGGGCUAUGUGUGUAGGCAUCGCCGCGCGUGCGCGCUGGCCCGGACGAGCGUCCGCGUGUGCGCGGCGCGUGCGCCGCGUGCCACCGAGGCAGCACUGGGGCGCCGCGGCGCGUUCCUGGGAGCGCUCACCGCCGCGCUCGGGAGCGUCGUGGCGAGGGAGGCGCAGGCGGCCGCAGCGAAGAUGGACCAGAAGACGCUGAAGGCGCUGCAGGCCGCGUUCCAGGAGGCGUUCGACGCGGGCAUGAACGGGGACCUCGACAGGGCGGACGCGGCGUGGGGCAAGUGCAUCGACCUGGUGCCCACGAACAGCGCGUCCUGGUCCAACCGCGGCACGCUGCGGCUGCAGCGCGGGCAGUGGAACGAGGCCGCCGCGGACCUCGAGCAGGCGCUCAAGCUCGAGGAAGAGGCGAAUGGGCCGGCAGGCGCGGAUGCGCUGGUGCUAAACAACCUGGCGAACGCGCGGGGCGCGCAGGGCCGCUGGAGCGAGGCGAAGACGCUCUACGGCCGCGCGCAGGACGACCCUGACGUUGGCGAGAUCGCGCGGGCCAACUACGCGCUCGCCGCGUUCCAGUGCGGGGAGGACGAGGAGGCGAUCCGCGCGGUGCGCGCGGUGCUGCGCAAGGACCCGCGUUUCCUGGACGUGCGCUGCGCGCUCGUGGCCUUCCUGUGGGCCGCCGGGCGGGAGAGGGACGCCGAGGACGAGUGGCGGGCGCUGGAGGAGGAACAGAGCGGGCUGGGCGGCGAGCUGUACAACAAGAGCAACGUGUUCGACCGCGUCGCGCCGCGGUGGCCCCCGCGGCCCGCGGCGGCGAUCGCGGCGUUCGUCAACGUGAGCCGGAAGGGCAGGGCGCGGGACUACGACGGGCAGGAGAAGGAGUACACGUUCUAG